GGACCUCACGCCUGGGCCCGGGCUGGAGCGCCCCCGUGGCCUCUGUGAGACCCGGCGAUUCCUCCGAGGCUGGGGUAGCUGCAGGAACGGCCUCGGGUACCAGCCUUGGGGUAGAGCCCCGGUGACCUUGACCUGGUCCGGAAUUUACUGUAAAUUGUUCUUGGUGACAGUUAGAGGAAAUGACAAAAUACCCCGUUUCAUGUGAUAUUUUGCUGCGUUUGUAGCACGGGCCUACCUGACUGCCCCUUUCUUACCUGUGCUCAGUGCCUGGUGACAACUAUACGACUUCUUACGGCUUGGCUGGAGCCGCGACAGAGUGUGGUUUGUGUGUUAAGUACUUGUGCCUUGCAUCAUGGAGGUUUGCAAGCUUUCUCUGCAGUUUCUGGAGACAUUUUCAAAGGUCCACCAAUCUUCAGUGUUGUCUGCAUGUUCCCAGAGCUGGGGCAUUCUCAGCUUGGUCACAGUUAACACUGAAACUAGACAGGCCAGAUGUCAGCAGGUGUGUAGCUGCUCGGGAUAAAGCUUGGGUUUCUCUAUUUUGUGUUUAAUUUAACUAUAUUCUUUAGGGAGCCUGUGUGUUGUGCAGCAGGUUGGCAGCAUCAUCCCUUUAAUUUUUAGCUGAGAUGGCCUUCCCUUCUAGAUGAAGGCAUAAUUUGAGUUUCUGGAGGUGUGAGAUAAAACAGACAACAUCUCACUCUUGUACCCCUCUUGUGCAUCUCUGAUAAAACGAAUCCCAGGCUUAAGGGUGCCAGUAGCCCCCAGGGACCUGUUCAUAUCUCUGCCGAGAUAGAAGUAACUGAACUGAAUAUCCUUUCAGUUUUGCUGCCCUGGUGCAAGGCCAUCUGUGUAUGGAAACCUAUUUUGCUUUGAAACAGGACACUCUUCAGAAAUGUGUAUCCAUAGUUAGAAGUGCUGUGAAGCAAUACAGGGUCUCAAUUUUGCUCAUUCUCUCACUUAAGUUCCUGUUUCCAUCCCAUUCAGUCACAAAGUAUAGAUUCUGCAGCUGGUGCAGGGCAGCUGUCUCCUAGCCUGUGUGCAGGGGUGAUUCCGGGCAUGCCUCCGAUGGUGGUGAAAUGUGACACUGCAAUUCUUCCUGUUUGUGAUGGUGGCCUCCAAGGCCCUGAUGCUGAUUGCCACUGCGGGCUCCUGUUUUUCUCAUUGAAGCUAUGUCCUGUUCCAUGAACAGGAAUAGAAACAGGAAUAGAAAGUUGUCUGGGGCCGUGUCCGGUGCCUGAGCGCGGGAGAGUUGAGGCAGUGUGGCCCCACUGUGCCAGCAGUGGCACCCACCUUCCUGCAGGGCCGGAGUGACAGGCUGCACAGGCAGCCAGGGUUUGAGCGGCGUGUCUGCUUUGGUUUGUGGGACCAUUUCCCACAGACUGCAGGGACACAGUGAGGUAGUUGGGGUUUUUUUCCAGUUUUGGCUUAGCUCAUGCUUUUCUGCCUGUGGGAAGAGCAAGCCAGUGUCAAAGUGCAGGGCUUGUAGUUGGAUGAAGAAACAAUAACACCAUUCUCCCUCUUAAGUCCCUGGCUAUUUAACUUCAGAGCUUGACCUGCUUUGCUAGCAGCAUGAUGCUUCUGUAGCAAAUACAUUGAAGGGCCUGGCUUGGUUAUGUACCCACCAGAUCUUGAACCUGUUGGAAAGGAACACUGAGUGCAGAAAAUGGUCUAGAAACUCACAAUAAUGGCUUCAUUUCUGAAAGUGGGUUCUUUUAUGUGUGUCCCAGCCAGAGCCCAGCAGCGUGUGUGGUCAGUCACCUCAGUGGAGCCAGCAGAAAAGUAUGCCUAGGAUAAACUAAUAAAGGCGGAUGAGCUAACAAGGAAAUUGGAGUGAACAAGCAAAAAGGCUAUAAACAGACAAAUUUGGGAGUGCUGGCAAAAGGGGAAGUGUGUGUGACUGUGGGCAUGGGUUGUGGGAAGAAGGCUGUGCCAGAAACCAGUGGAGUCCCAAAAGGCCUCUGCUACAGCUAGGCAUCGAGAUCCCUGGGACACUAUGCCUCCUGCCUUGAGGCAUGUCUGGUUCGAGGCUUGAGAAGCAUUUGGGAUGGAGCCAGCAGCAUGGUGGCUGCUUGUCCAAGACUGCAUCCUGUCCAUCUUGUUCUGCAACCAUCCCACCCUGCUCUGCUGCAUGCUGCUUGGGGCUGGUGCUGGCAGGAUGCACAGGGACUUUUUCUGUUAGAGACACAUUCCUUCCCCACUGGCUCUGUCUGGGUGGCCCCACAGUGUUCUGAAGCAUCUUCCUGCCCCAGAGCUCACAUCCGGCUUCCUUUGGCUGCUGGGGUGUGCUGGGGACUGGAUGUGGCCCCACAGCUGAGAACAGCUUCCAGGGAGCACACUCACAACUAACGGGAAAAGUGUUCUUCUCAUUGUUUUGGCCUGUUCCCGGAAUAACCCUGCAGUGAGCGGUUCGGCACAGGCAGUUUACUGCAGGAUGCUGACCGGCCAUAUCCUGGGCUGAGCACUCAGCCACUGUGGUGGUAGGUGGGCAUGCAGGUCAACUCACAUUGCUAAAGAGAAUUAAAACAACAAGCUGCCUAAUAGAGGUGUUUAUAGAAUCCUGCUCCUUAAUUUAAUCUCCUCUUUCACUGUUUGUUUUUUUUUUUUUCAUUUUUGAGUUAAAAGGCGCAAUAGAAAAGAAACGAAACCUUGUUGACACACUCGCGAAGUGCAGUGUAACUAAUCAUCUGUGUGAUUGCCCAGCCACAGAUUCCCCUCUGACCUGUGCAGAGUUCACAGAAACAUUUAUCCCAGUGUGCAGCUGACUUGUACUGCUCCAUAUCUGUUCCAGAUGCAUCCUGAGUGCCCCCUGCACAGCGGGCAGUUGUGCAGGGUGGCUGGCCUGGCGUGGCAGAGUCUGGCCGUGCUGCAGCAGGUGCUGCUCGGGCCCUGUGCCGCGUUACCCCGCAGCAUCCACUGUGGCCUGGCGGAAAGGCCCAGGCCGGCGCUGCCGCCAUAGAGAGGGGCUUUGUGUGAGCCCGCACAAAGUGAGGAUUGAUGCCGUCUCCCCUCCCCCUGCCGUGCCGAGCAGGGCCGCACACGGCUCCCACAAAGGUGCCCUUCUUCCUUCGGGCUGCGGGGGAGGCAUGGCACUGCGGGUUGGAGCAUCCAGCUCUGCUGUGCCGGUGCUGGGGAUACCCUCGUCCUCAGCCUUGCCCAGGCUGACCUGGCAGCUGCUCCGGUUCCUGCCGGAGCAGCGGGGGCUCCCUGCAGCAGGCCCCAGCAUGGCGAGACGGGCUGGGCAGCGUUCAGCAGCAGGCACUGCAGCAGGGUGCGUCUGGUGGAGGACGGAGGCACUGUGUGAGCAGAUCUGCUUCCCUGCAGUGCAGCUGGGUGGGAGCCUGCCGUGUGGUGUUAUUAACAAGCUGUGGAGUAUCAUCACUUACCUGGAUUUCAGUUCGGAAUGGCCUAAGAGAAGCUUAUGUCAGCACUCAUUACCUCUCAGCUCCUCCCAAUAUGUAGUAACAAGUCGCUACACUAUUGAGUGACUUGAAGAAGUUUCAGAAAGCGUUCAUGAAGAACAGAUUCCAAGCUCUUUGUUAAAUUCACAUUAUGUUUGUUCCAUGCUGUAUAUCUGAGGUUCUACAUUACCGGCGAGGCCCCUGGGUGAGCUGUGGGUGGCGCAGGCAGUGGUGCAGGGUUUGUCCUGGCUGUGCCGGUGCCUCCAGCUUUCCUGCAGCAGGGCCUCAUGCUCCUGGCCCACCCUGACAACAGAGAGCCUGCUGGGGGAGGAGGGUGAGCCCCUGUGGCUCAGGCUGCCCUUGCCAUCAUGCUUGGGGAGUGAAGAGGGUUCGCUUUGCUCUGUGUGCUGGAUGUGUGUCCUGGUGCUAAAGCAGAGCUGUCUUCUCUGUUUGCUUCAUCAGCAAUAGUGUUUGCACCAUUACUGGUCACUAGCACCUAUUGUUUUCGACUCCUCAAGUGGUCUGGCUGUUCAUGUGACAUUAUUAUUAUUUACAUAGGGCCCAGACUUGCUCUUUUUUAUUGCCUGCAGCACGAUGUUUGUUCAGACUGGGCAUUGUGAAGUGUAAACCCAGGUCCCACUGGCACCAGUACUCACCUCUGCCUUUUCUAGAAGCAAUGGAGACCAGCCCAUGGAAGCAACAAAAUGAGUCUCAGAGGCUGCCAGCCCAAAUUUCAAACCUAUUUGGCAUUGCACAAGUGUACUCUCUUAUCAAAAACAAAUGAAAGUGCAGAAGGAUCAGUCCAUAAUGCCUGAGGUGCGAGACCUCACCGAUGCCUUGCCCGACCUGCCGAUGGAUCCCAUCACAGGUGUUGGUGUGGUGGCAUCCCGGAGCCGAGCACCCACUGGAUAUGAUGUUGUUGCACAAACAGCAGAUGGCUUGGAUGCUGACCUGUGGAAAGAUGGCUUAUUUAAAUCCAAGGUCACACGGUACCUGUGCUUCACCAGAUCAUUUUCGAAAGAAAAUAGUCAUUUAGGCAAUGUCUUGGUUGAUAUGAAGCUCAUUGAUAUCAAGGACACUUUACCUGUAGGCUUCAUGCCCAUCCAGGAGACCAUUGAUACACAAGAAGUAGCUUUCAGAAAGAAGAGGCUGUGCAUUAAAUUCAUCCCUCGAGAUUCUACAGAGGCAGCGAUCUGCGAUAUCCGAAUCCUGGGGAGAUCUAAGCAAGCCCCUCCUCAGUACACGUUCAUAGGGGAGCUGAACAGCAUGGGUAUCUGGUAUCGGAUGGGCAGAGUGCCGCGCAAUCACGACUCCGCGCAGCCUGCGGCUCCUCCCGCCCAAGCACCAGCUUCAACACCUGCUCCCAACCUGCCAAGGCACAUCUCGCUGACACUGCCAGCCAGCUUUCGGGGGAAGAGUCACAGCACCCGCCUGGAUUUGGAGCACCAGCACUCCAACCUGUAUGCCAUCUCAGCAAUGGAUGGAGUGCCUUUUAUGAUUUCGGAGAAGUUUGCCUGUGCUCCUGAAGGGAUGCAGCCAGUUGAUCUCUUGGGUAUCACAAUCAAAACGCUUGCAGAAAUCGAAAAAGAGUAUGACUACAGCUUCCGGACGGAGCAGAGCGCAGCGGCUCGCCUGCCGCCCAGCCCCACCCGCUGCCCGCCGGGCCCACCGUCCUGAGGGGCCGCAGCACCAGGGCGUGUGUGCGUGCACACUACUGAGCAGGGCAUGGGACACAGCCAUGGAACCACCCUGGCAGGCCUCCCCGUGUCCAGCCACCGCCCUGCGCCGCGCCACCCCCUGCACACACCGCUCCACUGUCGGGACCUGUUCCCCCUCCCCUGCUGCUGCAGACCCCUCUCCACGUGAGUACGGGAUGGGAGCCUGACGCAGCCCCUCGCGCAUCCCCACUUUGUAACCCCGCUGCAGGACACUCACAGAACCCAGAGCUGUAGCAAACCUCUGCGAACACAGCCGGGAGCUUGCGGAGCAUCGAGAAAUCUUAGCCCUGAAAGGAACAAUAAAAGGCACAGCUGGGUGCUGCCACACGAGCUGCUGUGGAGCUGCUUGGCUCUCGACACCUUGCAGCAGGAGGCUCCUGCGGCACUCAGUCCAGCGCAGAACUCAGCUGAGUCAACGCCAAUCCCUCUGCCAAGGCCUGGGCACGGAAGUUCCACUGUGGCUGGGAUCAGUGUCAGAUCCACUGUGGUCACUGGAUUUGCUGUAGACUGGGGGAGCCAGGGCCACUGGCUCUCUCUCCAUGGGCACUGGUAGGGCAGGCAGGGUGCCCACGGUGCACUGCAGCUCCUGAGAUGAAACACAUUUGCUUUGCACACGGUGUCCAUCUGUCCAUAUGGAUCUAGGGCAGCAAGCAUCCUGUGCUUCUUUCUGGAUGGAUGCUGGCAGUGACACCCUGGCAGACCCUGGCAGUGCACCACUGACCCUGGCCAAGCUGCUUAUGGACCUGCUGACAGCUGGGAUGCCAUCACCUGCCCAUCAUUGAGCCAGUUCUCUAACAUGUUCCCCACUCGCUGCUAAAACAAGAGAUGUGCCUGUUUCCUGGGCAUUCGUGGGUGAGCACUGAACACUGGCGUGGCACAGGGUGAGUGGGAUGCAUUAAACCCUGACCUCUGCCUCCCUGUGAUCGCUGGCUGGGCUUGCUCCCAAGCCAAACGCAUGUCUUGGAGAAGUCCAUUGCUGUAAUAAGUUAUUUACAAGUGCCCAUCUGACUCUGUGCUGCUCUUUCAAGUCUCUGCUGUAGAACAAAGAUACAUCAUGGCAGCAAAAUGGCAAUUUUGGAGUAAGAGUUAAAACGUACAAUUUUUUUGUAUUGUAAGAUACUGAUUCCCUGACCCCACUGAAAUGCAAUUGCCAUGGUAACAGUAAACAGUGUUGUUGCUCCCAGCCUGGGUCGUACAUGUGCCCCGACCCACUUUGCACUCCCUUGGAUUCAUCUGGCAUUUGCUAGUUGCACAGAGUGGUAACUAACAGCAGUGUUUGUACUGUUUGCUAAUAUUUUUUAUUUGUACAUAAGUAAAAUAAUUCUUGUCCAAAGAUUCAUUUCUGGUUUUAAGGCACCACACUGUACUGCUGGGAUAAAGAGCACAAAAUAUCGUGACAUUUGGGACAAACUGAGUCCAGAUCUUUGCUUCAGCUUCUUCCAAUCAGGUAAAUAAUUUUCUGGAGCUGCCUCUGUAGAGUGGCCAUGUGGUUGGAGAGCAGAAGCCAAUUUGGUUGCAUGUAUGUUGUGUUUGGGAAAUAGAGUUAAAGCAAUGCGCCAGCUCUGGAGCCCUUGGUGACCUCCUGGAAGUGCUCGUUUACUUGGAGCUUGCACCACCAUUUUUAGUUGUUAUUUAUCCUGCAGUAAAGAAAAGCCAGACCUCACUGCCAGGCUUCACAAAGGCCAGAUUGAUGAUGCUGACAUCGACAAAUGAACAUACCAUGGCAGCUUGGUCAUUCAGCUCAGGUUCACUUCAAGUUCAAAUCCAGUCUACGCCGUAGUGCUGUGCCCAUCUCAUCCAUCUUUUGUCUUUCUAUUUUUCUGCUUGUAAUUUGUUCUGUAGUUUUCUGUGACAUCCAUUUAUAGCUUCUCCUGUGGCUCAGUGGUCACGGCAGGUAGGCAGGAGCCAUCUGCAGCACUGCGUUCCUCAUAGCUUUGGGAUAAGAGCUGACCCUCCCUGGUGAUGCUGGAGGAACGAGGGCUGUGGGAGCACAGGGAGCAGCACAGCCAUCACAGUGUGCAGAGCUCCAGGGGCAGUGCCUGCCACUUGGAGACUGAGAGCCACUCCUCGAGCCACCUCUUCCCAGCAGGACAGGGUUGCCUGCACGGCAGACCGGGCUCAGCAGGGAGCAGGUUCUGAGAGCUGCCAAGCCCCACGCUCAGUGCCACACUCCCUGGCUAUGUCUGAGAAAACGGGUGCAGAGCUUCAAGUCCCUUAUGUAACAGAAAAUCAGUCCUUUAAUAUUUAUACCAGCUGCUAGGUUUGCUCACCCUUCUUGGAGAAGCUUGCUCUGCAGUGACCUACAGGAAACACUGGAUACUUGAAACACUGGCAGGAUAAUGUGACUGGGACAUGCAUCUACAUUUUCAGGAUAUGUUUGUAUGCUUCUUCCUCUCUGACACUGGGCCAGCAAAGCUGCUUUAGGACUCACCUGCAAAGAACCUUGAGAGAUGAGUUUGCUCUCCAUGGUGUGGUCCUGCACCACAGCACUGUGGGGACAGCCUGUUCCAAGUGCACAGGCAGGACAGAUGCAGUUCCUGUGGGGCAAACACAGUGAAGGUGUUUCGAAUAAAAAGCUGCACCUGCUGAGAGCCAGCUGAGCUCUCAGCCCUGCUAGCCACAGGCUGGAAAACCAGGCCAUUCCAAAAGGGAGAGGGCUCAGAGCCAAUGCUUGGAAGCACAGCAAGACACAGUGCAGGGUGGUUGACUGUGUCAACUUCUCAGUCCACUGAUCAGAGGAAGCUUUUUUUAUUGCACUGCUGAAUUCCCAAGACCGGGGGUGUCAGGUCAGCAUUUCCACGGGAAGGUUUUAUUGGCUGUUCCAUAACUUUUGCACUCACAGCAGCUCCUUGCAGGGCUGGUCCUUGCAUUCUUACAGUGAGUCCUCCAUGCUGGCAUGUGCCAUGGCCAGUAUCAGCAUCUCUUUGCAUCUUCCACCCUGCCCAAGAGGUGACUGUGGAAGAACUGGACCAGGCAAUAAAUGUUCAGGGAGUCUGAUGCAGAUGUUGUCUGGCUGUGGAGGAGCCUUCUGGAGCAUAAGGGGAGGGGAGGAGUCAGUGGAAAGCAACAGAAGUGAAUUUUCAGAGCUUCACCAGAUGUUCUUGGCUACCUUGCCUGAAUUUGUAGAACAAGACUGGUCUCUAGGUAGUUUAAUCUUGUGGCUGAUGUAGAAGUUAGUUUGCCAAAUUAUUAUACAUCUGCAACAGAGACAGAAAAGCAGCAGUGAGGGGUUUGCUUACUGUAAAAUACGCCUUCUGAUGUGAAUUCAUAGUGACACGCUGCCUCCUGGAUUCCUCACAGCAAGAAGCUGGUCGUGUGCCGAGGUGACUCGUGGCCACCCAGGCCAGGCUGUGCUGUCUGCUGUGUUGGUUUUGGAAAGGCAAGAAGUUAGUCCAGAAAGUGAUGUAGAGUGUGAACUUUGUGAUAAAAUUCAAGUGUGAAUAGUUGUAGCAGGUGUCUUCCUUCAUGGGAGCACCUCAUAUCUGUAGUUCCAUAGGAGUAAACUGUGUCAGACGUUUCCUGUGACUGUCCCUUGCGUGUCCCCAUGGUGUUUUUUGGAGGUUUCUUGGGAGCCUCCUGUGCAGUGGGAGGUUGUUGGUAGUCUGUAGCAUUGGGCUUGUUUGGUUUCACACCCACCACUGCUCCCUCAGCGUCCUGAGCUCUUCAGACUGAACCCACAUGCUAUCAUGCCCCUGUCAUGGGCGCUGCACGUGCCAGGUAGGUGCUAGUUGCAAGGACAUGCCUCCAUGGGGCUUGGCACCUCCUCUUCCGUGGGGCCUUGAAGUCUCCUGAGAGGAAGGGAAAUGGGACAGAGCUGGCUGGUCCCGUGUUGACCCUCACCUCCCGCUGCUCCCCAGGUGACACUGGGUCUGUCUCCCCAGAUGUGCCCGUGGCCCUCUCCCACGGCAGCCCCAGGAGCCCAGAGAGCUGUUCCUGCUCCUCCCAGAGGGCAGGCACACCUCGCUACAUCCAGAUAAUUACCUCAGCCUUGGAGCCUUGACGAACAGCUGGGAAUCUCUCCCAGCAGCAGAAAUCCCCCCAGCAGAGGAGCAGCCGAGUGUGCUGGUGUCAGUCACCACGGCCUUAUCGCCCCGGCUGUGGCACUGAUGGGGGACAGGCUGCUCCUCUGCUCACAAACAAGCUCAGUGAGAUGCUGCUUGGUUCAUUCACCACAGGGAAACCAAACACUUUGGAUGUUCUGGUAGUUUGUUGUGAAAUUGUUUCCUAACAGCAACAGAUUUCAAUGUCAUCAUACAAAUGGCAUAGAGAAACCUUUUAUGCAAUUGCAAAGUUGUUUUCUAAGAUGGUUGGGUUACUGAAAGUGAUUUUAUUGUGCAUUAAUCUUAUGAAUGUUACUAUGUUUUAUAUUUAUUUUAGAUGGCCCUCCUGUAUUUUACAAAGGGAAGUUUCAUUGUGUGAUAACUCAGUCUGUAUUCUUAAUAUAAUUUGUUAAUGAAACUUGUUUUAAUCAGGUAAUUCUGUGUGCUUUUGUGUUUUAAUUUUCUGACCGAAACAACUGCCUGGAUCAGAAGGGUGAACUACAGAGGUGGCAACAUGAUCCCCUAUAGGGAACAUGCUCUUGUUUGUGGGCUUUUUUCUUGGAAAUUGGAUAUAAAAAAGCCUUGGAAAACAUCUCCAAAAUGUCUUGUUCUACAGGUAUUGCUGCAAAGUGAAAACAAAGUCAGAUGAGGUGUUUUCCGGGCAGGAUGUGGCGAAGGCCGGCAGGAGCGAUGGUCAGCACAGCGCUGGGCUGGCAGCACUGGGGGCAGCUCUGUCUGGGGGCAGCACUCGCCACCCGGGCUCGGCAGUGGCCACAGGCUGAGGCUGCAGUGGCCACAGGCUGAGGCUGCAGUGGCCACAGGCUGAGGCUGCAGUGGCCAUAGGCUGAGGCUGCAGUGGCCACAGGCUGAGGCUGCAGUGGCCACCCUGGCAGCGCUGCGGGCACUGCCUGGGGGCUGGGGGCAGUGAGCCCUGAGGGGACAGGGCUGUUCUGCCAGGGGGAGGCUAAUACUGCAUCACACUGAAAAUUGUUUUUCUUUGUGUUAAAUUAUUAUUCUUCUGAACUUGACCCAAGCUAAUGGUGCACGAUCUGACCUCUGGCAUCUUCUCACCCCAGACAGUAUUUCUGUCUCGCUUAUUUUGAGUGCUCUUUGAAUUAAGGGAGAUUAAUACCCAAGUUCCCGACAUUCUCUUCAGGCAUAUGUUUUUAUAACCUUUUGAAAGCAGUACCACUUGUUCCACAAAAAACUCAGAAGCAGCAUCUUGUGGCUGCCGUGGGAGCUGUCACUGGCACCUGAUUGAAUGUCCUGGCUGGGGAGGAGGCGGUGUGGGGAGGACAUAAACCAGAGUGGGCCCAUCCCACGGCUUCCCAGGCAGGCGUGGAGCUGCUGGGGCCUGCCAGCAGCUCUGUCACCUGCUGCCACUGGAUGUGGGCUCGUCCUGUGGCACAGCACACCCAGUGCCUGGGAAUGCAGCUGAGCUUCCAGGCCUGGCCAGAAGAACCCUCAUCCCCCCAGCACUGGGCUGGGACUGGAGCUGGCUUACAUCCAUCAUUCAUGGAAUUUGGUUUCUAAGGAAAAUUUCUAAUUUUUUCUGCUCUGCUUAGUGCUUUGAGAUGUGGGAGCAGCCGUUUUUCUCUGGAGAGGUGUCUUGUAACCAUUCCUGCCCUGAGGAAAUCCCCCCGGUGCCUGAGGGGUGCAGCAGGCACAGGGGCUGGAGGCGGCUGGCACUGUCCAUGUGUCAUCAGAGGUUCUUUUGGGCUUUGUGUGCUGUGGCUUUGGUGGUGUUUUGUUUUCUUUUCUCCUCUCCCUCCUACAGCUUUAAAAAUUAACUUGCCUGGGGAGUUUCUCAAAAUCCUUUCCUUUCUCUGGAAUGAUGGAUAAGCCAUGUAACUGAUUGUCAUGGCCCCAGGGAGGAUAAACAUCUUCUGCAGUUUAAAAUAAAACCUCCUCGCUCCUUGGUUAAUAAGUGUUGAAAGAAGCACAAACAGAGCUAACACGGGAUUUCCAUGACUAACAAGAUGACCACAUCAGUGAAUGUUGUUUGGGGUUAAAAAUGACUCAGCUUUUGCUUCCCAUGGGUAAGAUGCUUUAUCCCAGUGCAGGAAAAGCUGCCAACAGCACUUUGAAGCUCUUGCAAAUGCGAUGGAUUGUGAACUGGGAAGUGUUUGAAUGCCAGAUUAAAAAAACCCUCAUAAACUCUGCUCCAUGUGUGCGGAUUUCUGGAAGAUAAAGGAGCCCACAGCUUCAUCCAGCUUGUGCUGACUCUUUUCUUUUCAAAAGCCUUUUCAGAUGUUUUCACUUUUCUGCUUGCUUUGUUGAAAGAUGUAAAAAUUUAAGACAACCACAAAGUAAACAUUUCAAAACUUUCUAUUCUGAAAAUUAGUGACAUUUUCAAAAUCCCUCAAAUUCCAUUUCAGCACUAUCCAAAAUGAAGAUGUUUGGGGUUUUUUUGAUCAGCAGGUUUUCCAUGCAGGUUUUUGUUUAUUGAUAACUUUUAUUUUUCAAAGAAAAUAGAUUUAUUAUUCAGUAGAAACACUAGAUAAGUAGAUGUCUUGUCAAAAUCAAGCAGGUUUUCUUUAUUAGAGUGAAAUAGUAAUGAACUCAUCUGCUUCCAAUAUUUAUAAAGAGUAGGGAAGGCCAUUAAUUCUGCUGCUUGUGAAUAAAACCAUCUGUGAUUUCUUUCCA